GAAAAGUAGAAAGAACACAAAGGAGGCGCGCGGCUAUAUAAAAGUAUUCUGCAGUUCCUUCAUCCUUCUAAAUUAUUUUUCAGUGUAGUCACUUUCUUCGAUUCACCUCACUCGUCUAUUUAUUUUCUAUUAUAUAGUUAUGCUUUAUCUCCUUCACUAGCCUACGCUACAAACUGACAAAAGGGAAGCAAGAAGCAUUUGUAUCUAAAGUGCAUGGUGGAGCAAUCAUCUUGUUGUUUUGAGCUUUUAGUUGGCUAACCAGAUUGCUGAGAUGGCCAAUAACCCUCAGGUCUACUGGUAGCAUGUGAUUGAAAUAAUGUUUUUCUGAUAGAGCCUCACCCGCCUCCUAGCGUUGGCUCAAUGGACCCUUCUCAAAAUUUCCCCCCACCUAUGACUGGUCAGUUCCGACCUGUUGUUCCGUCUCAGCAGCCACAACAAUUUGUUUCAGUGCCUCCUCAGCAGUUUCAACCCGUUGGCAGAGGAGUUACUGUGAUGAAUGCUGGAUUUCCUUCUCAGACCCCACAACCCCAAUUUCCUCAAGUAAUGCAGCAAUUACCUGCUAGACCAGGCCAUAUUCUACCUCCGCCACCCUCAGUUUCAUUGCCAGCUGCUCAGCCUAAUCAACAUGUUAAUCCAGGGGCAUCGGUGCCUCAACCUAAUAUUCAAGCUCCAAACAACUAUUUUCCUGGGGUCCCAGCAUCACACCUCUCUUCAUCAUAUACCUUUGCACCGUCUUCUUAUGGCCAGGUAACGGUGUCUCAUAAUGCCAUGGCUCAAUAUCAACCCAUGGCACAAUUGCAGGCACCUAAGGUUCCUGUUGGAGGCCAGGUGGGUAUCCAUGUGAGUCAGAGUACUUCUGUCACAUCUGCACAGCAAAUUGGUGAACAUCCUUCUGCUUCCACAGCUACUAUUCCGCCGAAGCCCACUGAAGAGGCUUUAACAGACUGGAUUGAGCACACUUCUGCAAAUGGACGAAGGUAUUAUUACAAUAGGAAGACACGGCAAUCUAGUUGGGAGAAGCCAUUGGAAUUGAUGACACCGAUUGAGAGGGCGGAUGCAUCGACUAACUGGAAAGAAUAUACUAGUCCUGAUGGAAGAAAGUAUUACUACAACAAGGUUACAAAUCUAUCAACAUGGUCACUCCCUGAAGAGCUGAAGUUGGCCCGUGAACAAGUAGAAAUGGCGUCUGACAAAGGACCACAGUCAGAAGUUUCUUCUCAUUUUCCAGCUCCUGUACCUCCUGCAAGUAAAGCACAAUCUGGUGCUGAUACAUCGUCUACAAUAAUUCAAGGAGCUUCCUCAAGUCCCGUUCCAGUGGCACCAGUUCCUUCUACUAGUAAAAUUGAAUCUGUGGUGGUUUCUGGGUCAGAUUUACCUGUUGCAACUUCUUCAACAGUGACCAAUGUAGAUGUGGUUCAGAUAGUUGAGGAUACUGUCACACCAUCUGUUGCUGUUUCAGAAAGUUCUGAAGUUUCUCUCUCAGUGGCUGAUGCUGCUACGACACCGAUGAAUAAUAUCAGCAAAGUUUCUUCUUUGGAUAUGGUUAGUUCUGAAGGAGUUUCAACACAAAAUGCAGAUGAAACUGUAAAAGAAGUGGUAGCGAGUGAGAAAAUUAACAAUGCAUUGGAAGAGAAAGCAAUUGAUCAAGAAUCUUUGACUUAUGCCAGCAAGCAAGAGGCUAAAGAUGCAUUCAAAGCUCUUUUGGAGUCUGCAAAUGUUGGUUCUGACUGGACAUGGGAUCAGGCCAUGAGAGUAAUAAUAAACGACAAAAGAUAUGGUGCUUUGAGAACACUUGGAGAGAGAAAGCAAGCUUUUAAUGAGUUUUUGGGUCAAAAGAAAAAACAGGACGCUGAGGAAAGGCGGAUUAAACAGAAAAAAGCCCGGGAAGAAUAUAAAAAAAUGUUAGAAGAGUGCUUGGAGUUGACGUCAUCCACAAGAUGGAGCAAAGCAGUUACUAUGUUCGAAGAUGAUGAGAGGUAUAAAGCUGUUGAACGGGAGAAGGAUAGGAAGGAUUUUUUUGAGAAUUACAUCGAUGAACUCAGGCAAAAGGAACGGGUGAAGGCACAGGAGCAGCGUAAGCAGAAUGUUAUGGAGUACAGACGAUUUUUGGAAUCUUGUGACUUCAUUAAGGCAAAUAGCCAGUGGCGAAAAGUUCAGGACCGCUUAGAGACUGACGAAAGAUGUUCACGUCUUGACAAAAUUGACCGCUUGGAAAUAUUUCAGGAAUAUAUACGUGACUUAGAGAAGGAAGAAGAGGAGCAGAGGAGGAUACAAAAGGAAGAACUGAGGAAGACAGAGCGUAAAAAUCGUGAUGAGUUCCGCAAGUUGGUGGAAGGACAUGUUGCUGCAGCAACACUUACUGCCAAAACCCAUUGGCGUGAUUAUUGCAUGAUGGUUAAAGAUUCGCCUCCCUUUCUAGCAGUUGCAUCCAACACCUCAGGUCCAACUCCAAAAGAUUUGUUUGAAGAUGUAGCCGAGGAGCUUCAGAAACAGUACGAUGAUGAUAAAGUUCGAGUAAAGGAUGCAGUGAAGUUGAGAAAGAUUUGUUUGGCAUCAACUUGGACUCUAGAAGACUUGAAGGCUGCCAUUUUGGAGGAUAUUAGCUCUCCACCUAUAUCGGAUGUUAACUUGAAGCUGAUUUUUGAGGAAUUACUUGAAAGGGUCAAGGAGAAGGAGGAGAAAGAAGCUAAGAAGCGUAAACGUCUUGCUGAUGACUUCUUUGAUUUGUUGCAUUCUAUGAAGGAGAUUACAUCAUCUUCAGCAUGGGAGGAUUGCAAACAUCUUCUUGAAAGUAGUCAGGAAUUCAGUUCCAUUGGGGAUGAAGACAUCUGCAAGGGGAUAUUUGAUGAAUACGUAAAACAGUUGAAAGGAGAUGCAAAAGAGAAGGAACGAAGACGGAAAGAAGAUAAGGCAAAGAAGGAAAAGGAGAGAGAUGAGAGGGAGAGGAGGAAGGCGAAGCAUGGAAGGGACAAAGAGAGAGGAUACGAAAGAGAAAAGGAGGAACACUCGAGGGAGGGACCUUCAGAAGCACAUGGUGAUUUAAGUGAAGUUCAUGAUGAAAAUGAAAAUAAACGGUCAGGAAAAGAAGACAGCAAGAAACAUCGUAAACGACAUCAAAGUUCAGUGGACAAUUCAAACGAAACUGAAAAAGAUCGGACUAAGACCCACAGGCAUAGCGGUGAUCGCAGAAAAUCAAAAAAGCACGCAUCGACACCUGAAUCCGAUAACGAAAGCAGGCAUAAGAGACACAAGCGAGACCAUCGGAACGGUUCACGUAGAAAUCUUGACCCUGAGGAGCUUGAAGACGGAGAAUUUGGUGAAAGGGAAAGUCAGUAGGUAUUAUCAUCCUACAAAUUUCUAGCUCCUUUUUCAUGAUCAUUUUUUAAUGUAUUUCAAUUUUCAACAAUGGAAGGUAGCAUGUUUUUAGCAGUUUCUUGAUUUUGACAGUGGCAAUGUUGUAUUAGUUUGAUAAUCAAAUAGCUGGUUUAUUGAUUACAAGUUCUAAAUUAUCGUAAGGUAAUUUCAUGUUUGGAUAAA